AUGCCCGAGUCCUCCGAGCACAUGCUCCCGCCGCCGGCGCAGGCCUCCAUAAAUUCAAUGUACACACGAGGCGGCAACAGAGCCUUUCACAACUACUACAAUGACUAUUCCCACAUUGCCGACGCCAAUUUGCGGCGACGGUUGGCGCUAUCAGACGUUGACAAGGUUCCUUUCGGAACGUGCCACGUUCGAGCUGUUCUCGUCGCUGGUGCCGGCUUCCUUUUAGAUUCCUACAGCAUCUUUGCUAUCAACUUUGUCGCCCCCUUGGUGGGUCUGGCAUAUUAUAGCGAAGAUGGCGAUGGCAGCGGCGAUUUGCCUGCGACUGUCAGCCAAGCUCUGAAAGCUUCUACAAGCGCUGGAAUCGUAAUCGGGAUGAUACUGUUUGGGUGGCUAGCUGACACAUAUGGACGCCGUCGCAUGUACGGCAUCGAACUCGGUGUUGUCAUAUUCACAAUAUUUAGCUGCGCUAUCGCUUCCGGAAGUCCUUCCAUGAGCAGCCCGGGUGUCUUAAUAUUUUGGCGCGUGUUACUUGGCAUUGGAGUUGGAGGCGACUACCCUCUUGCCAGCGUCAUCACUUCCGAAUUUGCGCCGACGCGAUGGCGGGGUGGUCUCGUGGCCGCUGUUUUCUCCAUGCAGGGCCUCGGCCAGCUCAUGGCGGCCGUGGUCGCCCUCCUCACAACUGUCGCCUUUCAAGAUGCAUACGACGGCAUCGGUCCUGACGGCCCAUGCGAUGCCGCUUGUCGUGUAGCCGCCGAUCGCUCUUGGCGUAUAAUAGUAGGCGUCGGCGCUAUUCCGGCGUGCCUCGCCAUGUACUAUAGAAUUACCAUUCCCGAAACCCCUCGAUAUACUUUUGAUGUACAGCACGACGUCGACAGAGCCGACGCCGAUAUUCGAGCCUAUGUAUCCAGUACAAGGCCAAAAGACACUGUCUCUGCUACCAAUACUCACCUGUCGCCUUCAGCUCUUUCCGUCCCCAAGGCAUCUUGGGCUGACGCCAAAGAAUUCUUUCUCAAGCCACACAACUUGCGGGCCCUAAUCGGAACCACGCUAUCAUGGUUCUUUCUUGAUCUUGCCUUUUAUGGACUGGGGUUGAACAAUAAAGUCGUCCUGCACGCCAUAGGCUACGCCAGCGGCAGAACAUUAUACCACAAGCUACGGAACCAAGCCGUUGGACUCAUCAUCCUGACCUGCGCUGGCUCACUUCCAGGAUACUGGACCGCUAUGCUCACUGUUGAUACAGUGGGCCGCAAACCUCUACAAGUGUUUGGCUUCCUUCUCCUCACCGUUGUCUUUUGCGUUCUCGGCUUCGCCCUGAACAGCCUCACCGAGGGAUCCACACUUGCAUUGUACAUAAUCGGACAGUUCCUUUUCAAUGCAGGUCCCAACACGACGACCUUUAUUCUACCUGCCGAGUGCUUUCCGACACGCUAUCGCGCCACUGCACACGGCAUCUCUGCAGCCAUGGGCAAAAUUGGUGCCAUUGCAGCUCAAGCCAUCAGUAUCCCGCUCCUCAAACAGGGGAGCUCUGCCAUGACUGCAGGCUGCAAGGGAAACGAGUGCUCACCCUCUCUCAACCGUCUUUUGCAGUUAUUCGCACUCUUCAUGCUACUCGGAACCCUCGUUUCGCUGCUCAUUCCCGAGACCAAGGGCAUCACGCUUGAGGAGCUCUCCGGAGAGCCGCAUACAAGUUACAACGAUGGCUGCAACGGCAGUAUCAAAGCGUUCCGCCCCCCGCGCCCAUGGUGGCAUCCGAACGAGCUUCUUGGGUUCUGCGGCGCGGGCGACCCCGCGGGUUUCAAUCGGCGUUCUUUCUGCUGGGGCGGUAGUCGCCAUGGCAGCGGUCACCACUCACCUCGUCUGGGCAUCAUGUCGUCCCCUCAAAUGGUUGGCGUGUCCUCAGAGACGACCGAGGACACGCGGUCUUCGCAUUGGCGCAUUCUUGGCCACCGCCAGAAGCGCAAGCUGCACAGCACGGCAGACAGUGAAGAGAUUGCCAUGAUGCGCCGCGAUGGUGGCAGCGGUCCGCAACGGGAUGAUGCAUCUGACGAAACAGCCUAUGUACGUGGCAAUAGCAAUAGCCGUAGCAAUGUCGGCGCAGCGAGCACAGCUGCAGUGGGGAGUGUUGACCCUCCAACUUGGGGCGCUGGCUGGGGCCGCAUCGACCGAGGACGAGCGGCGCCUUCGUCUGAACUACAGGACGUGGGGAUGCUCCUACGGAAUUGA